AUGUUCAGGUUCCGAUGGGUAGAUUGUCAAUUGCGAAUUCUAGAGGGAUGCAUAACGCCAAACGCUGUAAGAGCUGCCUUAAGGGAGCUACCGCGAGACCUAGACUCUAUUUACUUGAGGAUCCUUGAUACUAUUCCUGAGAGGCAGAGGCAAUAUGUUCGACGAGCAAUGAAUUGGCUCGCAUUUUCAGCAGAACCAUUGACCUUAGGCCAACUUGCGGAGGCCAUUGUGAUCGAAUACGAUGUCAACAAGUACGGCGAGGACCCAGAAACUCUUUUUGAUCCGGAGUCCCUCAUGAGCAUUUGCCCGAGCCUCAUUUCAUUCGAAGAGGUCAGGGAUGAUAAAUACUUCUCCCUGGAAAGCCGCAGAUUACGACUGGCACAUUCCUCGGUCAAGGAAUACUUGAUCUCCGAACGCAUAGCUCAGGGCCCCUGUGCCUACUAUCAUAUUUCGGAGGAUAAAGCCAAUUUACUCAUGGGCCAUGCUUGUCUUAGCAGAAUACUGCAGCAUAGCGCGCAAGGUAUUAUACUCGAGAAAAAAAUCGAAGAAACAUCGUUCCUCUACCACAGUGCUCGCUAUUGGUUCAGAUAUAUUGGAGCUAUCGAGGAUACGGCACCCACUCCAGUCUCCGACGCUGCGUCGAAGGUUCUCAAGCUUGGCCAGUGCUGGUUGGAUAUAUACGACCCCGAUCAGCCUCCCCAACGUGCGCUCUCUGGUACCCGGGUUUAUUCAUCGGCAAUCUACUAUUCCUCCUUGUUAAAUUUGGUGACCUGCUGUAAACUGCUACUCUAUAGGGGGGAUGCGGUAAACCUGAAUUCUCGGGGUGGCCAAUAUGGAAACGCACUACAAGCAGCAGCGGCAGCAGGGAAUGAGUCGGUAGUGCAGCUUCUGCUUGAGCAUGGGGCAGAGGCGAAUGCUGAAGGUGGCGAUUAUGGCAAUGCACUACAAGCAGGUGCUCGGGCUGGGAGUGAACGGGUUGUCUGCCUUCUUCUCGAGCGUGGGGCAGAUGUGAAUGCUCAGGGUGGCUUUUAUGGCAAUGCACUACAAGCAGCUGCUCAAGGGGGGAACGAAUCACUUGUCCAUCUGCUCCUCGAGCGCAGAGCAGAGGUGAAUUCUCAUGGUGGCCAAUAUGGCAAUGCACUCCAAGCAGCUGCACAGGCCGGGAAUGAGUCAAUUUUCCGUCUCCUCCUCGAGUGUGGGGCAGAG